AUGGCCAGCCGUCCGCCGGCCUCUUCGCCCGGCUGCUUUCCUCUCGAGGCGGUUCCGCUUUGCUUCGUGCCUUCCGGGUGCGUCGCAGGCGACGCGUACGCGCGACUCGAAGAUGAAUUGCGAGAAGAACGAAUGGCAGAAGCCGAACAGAGCGGCGGCUCGGUGGAAAACCGUCAGGAAGGACACGUCACGUCGACCGGAGGAGGAGAGAUGGCGGAUUUUGCUACCCCGACUGUCGAAGCGCGCCGAUGCGACGACGGUCGGGAAGCAGGAACGGGAAUACAGCGCGCCGAUUCCGUCACCGGCUCCGGCGCGCAAAAAGGGGAGAAAGUCGAAGGAGAGGGGCGCAGAGGCGGAAACGGGAGAAAUGCGGAAGGGGGCGGCGGAAGAAGCGGGGACGGCGAUGGUUCCGCCGUGCGGAAGCCCACGUGGCAGGAGCGGAGUGGCCUGCGGCAGCGAAAGCAGUCCAAGGGGCCCUCGAAGCGCGUGCUGAAGCGAGUUGAUGCCCCUGACGGUGUGUUGGCGACGUACGACGACGCAUUUCUGUUCGGGCGCAUCCCCCUACCCAUGCGCCUGCGCGCCAUGCUCUCCAAAGGACCCCUCGCGCGCCUCUUCCAAAUCCUGGACGUGGUGGCAACGCUAGGGUCUGUCACGCUCUAUGUGUGGCAAACGUACCAUCCGGACAUGAGCCUGGAGUGGAUGGUCACCUUGCAGACGGUUUUCAGCUCCUUCUUUCUCGUCGACUACAUCAUCAACCUCUUCAGCGCAUACUCAUGGUUUCAGUACAUGGUGUCAUGGCAGGGCAUUCUCGACUUCAUCUCGCUGCUGCCUCUCCUCCUCAUCCGCUUGAAUAAGCAUGCGGGCACCAGCAGCGGUGUGCGACUGCCGCAGCUCCUCACCUUCCUCCGCGUCAUCCGCACCAUAUCGAUAGUGAAGGCGGCUCUCACCAUGCGCAAUGCCAUCCUUAAAGAAAUGAUAGCCCUUGGAUUCACCAUCUUCACCGUCUUGCUGGUGGGGGCGGGCAUAUUCCAGUAUGUGGAAUAUUGGGACACCAGCGAGGCAUACAAGACAGAGAACGACUGCCCUGCCAGCGGCUGCACCAACUUCUUUGAUUCUUUCUACUUCAUGGUUGUCACGGGGGCGACGGUGGGGUAUGGUGACGUGACGCCGCACUCGGCAUGGGGGCGGGUGGUGGCUGUGGGCACGAUCUUCGCCGCCCUCACAUACAUCCCGCUGCAGAUCGGCCGCCUCGUUGAACUCGCCUCCAACCGCCCCUACGGCGGGUGGUUGUCACGGUACCGCACGGUGGGGAGGCGCUUUGUGGUGAUCUGGGGGGUGUCGUCUGUUGACUGUGCACGUGACCUGCUCUGCUCCUUCUUCUCGCCGCUGCACAAUGGCCGAGUCCCCGUCUAUCCACUCAAGGUGGUCUUCAUGGGACCCGACCCCCCCUCCUUUGCCUUCAAGGCGCUUCUGGGUUUCUUCCAGGGCAAGGCGCGGUACAUGCAGGGGCAGCUGGACCGUCCAGAUGACUUUGAUCGUGUGGCUGCCAGGGACGCCCUCGCCAUCUACCUCCUGGCCAAUAGGAGCACAGAGGACCCAGAGAGUGAGGACACGGCGCAGCUCAUUCGGGGGCUCGUGGCGCACCGGUCGUGCCGGGGGCGUGUGAGAGUGGCGGUGGAACUGCUGCGCCCUCAGGUGGAGGGCAGGGGCGCCAUGUGGGGGGAGGUGGGCGCGUUGGAGCUCUUUUGCACGGACCCCACGCGCUUCUGCCUCCUCGCUCGCAGCUGCGAGGUUCCGGCGGUCAGCACGCUGGUCACAAACCUAUUCUCGUCGGGCCCACCGCUGCCACCCCUGCGAGGCGCCCCACACCUGAACGAGUACAUGCAGGGGCAGCAGAUGGAGUCCUUUCCUAUGCUGCUGCCCCCCGCCUUCCAUGGGAUGCUCUUUGAAGCGGUAUGCCGGGACUGGAGUGGCGGAGGUAGUUAUGUGUGUGUAGGUAGCUCCUCAAAACCCCUCUCCACCCCCUCCAUCGUCCACUACGGCCCCCGCCUCCACCCCCUCAAGAAAAUCGUCCGCUCCUCCACUAACUUCCCUGCUGCCUUUGGUGUGGGUGGAGAGGAGGGGCAGGAGGGGAUGACGGAGGGGGAGCAGGGAGCAGAGGAGGAGAGGCAGGUGGUCGGUGGGGAUGGGGAUGGUGUGGGGAGCGCGACGGGGAGAGGGGCAGCGGAUGGUGGCGCUGCCAGCUUGCGGAAGAUUUUCCUGUUUCCACGGGGGCAUGUGAUUGGUCCAAGGGACGUGGGGCAUGUGAUAGCGCCGGAUCUUGCUACUGUGGAGAAGAUCUCCCGAGCGGCGCACUCGCUGUCUGCAAGGGCGGCGGGCGGCAGCUGGGGCGGCAUGCGCCAAUCGUACUCUGGGAGAGGGGAAGGGCGGGACGUGGAGGAUCCAUUCGAGAAAGUCGUUGACAUUGAUGAGGAAGGGGAGGGGGAGGAGAAAGCGGGGGAAUGGAAGGAGGAUGUGCAGGAGAAGUGGGAGGAGCGGGAGAGGCGUGAGGGGGAGGAAAGGAGAGGAAAAGGUAUCUCAAGUUAUGGCAGCUCUGGUGGCAGAUGUGGUGUACAAUCCUCAGGUGCUGCUGCCACAGGUGAACCUCUUGCGAUAAGUGACCAAGAUCAUGCCACACCUUUCAGAGUUCCCAAGGGGCGCCCACACGCCGCCAAGCUUCUGCAGCUGCUGGCACGAGCUUGUGCCACAUGGGCCCACGCUCCCAGUGCUGCCUGGUCACCAGAGGCUCUGCUGACGUGGCGCCAGAUCAUUUUUGAGAGGGCGGGUGGGGAGGAGAGCACAGAAGGAUUGGGGGAGGAGGGGGGGGACGAGGAGGAGGGGGAGGCGGAGGCGGAGGCGGAGGAGGAGGAGGAGGAGGAAGAGGCGGAGGCAGUAGCCUCUUCCUCCCGCCCCACCUCGGCCUCAUGGCCCCGCGGGCCCUCGCACGCGCCCCUUCCUCACUCCUCGCCCCAGCGUGGGGAAGAGGAGAGGCUGAGCGGGGCAGUAGAGGUGGCAGAAAGGGGAGAGGAGAGCAGCGAGCAUGCUACAGAGCAGCAGCAGCAGCAGCAGGGCGAGGACGAUGACGAGGCUCUCAUGGCCAAGAGCAGGGCUCUGGCGCGCCAGCUAUCAAGAAAAGUCUCCUCCCGUGCUCUCUCCCGUUCACUCUCCCGCACUCCCUCCGGCGCUCUCUCUCGUGCUUCUUCCCGCUCCUCCACCCGCUUUUCCCGCCAGCCCACCCUUGCGUCCUCGUCCAUCUCUGCCCCCCCAGUGCCCCAGCCGCUGCCUCUAGCGGCGUCAGUCAGUGCAGUCCUGGACUGGCCGCCCACUAGGCCCUCCCGCCGCCACUCACUCUCCUCCCGCCGCCACUCACUCUCCUCCCGCCGCCACUCGCUCUCCUCUCGCCGCACCUCACUCUCGUCUCGGCGUUCCUUGCCAGCCUCUCACAGUACCUCGCUCGACUCUCUCUCUCACACCAACACGGUUGCUCCAAUGGGCUUGACUAGAUGCACAGGUGCGGCAGGUUCAAGCAUGGGCACAGCAGGUGUAGGGGGGGCAUCUGGUCACCCAGAAGCAGGUCUUGAGAGCGUGGACGAAGCAGGCUUGGACGCAGCGAGCGUGGAAGCAGCAGGGGUAGACGCAGCAGGCAUGGAGGCAGAAGAAGCCAGCGUGGUGGUGCUCACAGAGCCACCUGCCCUGCCCGCGCGCCCGCACCCGUCUACGCUGCAGCGCAACCGCAGGAAGAUCGCGGCCCACCUGGAGAGUCGCACGCUGGCAGCGGUUGCAGGGGUGCUGCCCCGCGCGCACGUGCUGGUGCUGCUGCAGGGCGAGUGCUGGCCGCACUCCCUGCACUACUUCGUCAGCUUUCUUAGGAGAGAUGAGGGCGCGUGGGGUGAAGGCGGAGGCGGAGAGGGAGAAUGCGGGUCGUUUAAGGAGGGAACAGGGGAACGGGAUGAUGUGGAAGGGGGAGACGAGGGGAGGAGGGAGGGUGCAGAGGGGUGUGUACCGAUUGUGUUCCUGUGGCUACAUGAGCCGAGUGAGGAGCAGUGGGGGUGUGUGGGGCACCACCGCCACGUCUACUUCGUCAGGGGUUCACCCAUCUCCCCCAUGGACCUCCUUCGAGCCGGCGCUCUCACUGCAGCCAAGAUAGUCAUCAUGGCGUCAGACACCGUUGCCUCGCCCAGCACGGUGGGGGCAGCGGGGGAGGAGAGCGAGGGCAGCACGACAGCGGGGGCAGCGGUGGACCCAUCCAUAUUCGCGCAGGACGUGGAGAACGUGCAGAUCGCUGCUGCUGUGCACCGCCUCCUCUCCUCCCACUCCGCCUCCGCUUCCCCCUUCUCCGCCUUCCCUCCCUCCUCCUCCUCCGCCUUCCAGCCCGACCUGCACCUCACCGGCACCGAUUCCUCUGUUUCCCCGCUCCAUCACCGGCACCGACCUGCGCCCUCAGCACCGCUCCCGUACCCUGCCCAGCCUUCACACCCCACACACACCCCAGAGGGUGCGUACAGCAACAGCGUGUUGUGUGAGGUGCAGCAUGAGGAGAGCUUCCAGUUCCUGCCGCCGCUGAGCGUGCUGCACGGAGCGCUGCGGCAGUGGCGAGUGUCCCGCCGCACCACUCUCAUCAACCACUCGCUGCUGCUCCGCUGUGCACCUGCCUUCAUUGAUGGCCGCGCCUCCUGCCCUGCUGGCCUGAUGUUUCUCAUCCACGGAGCGCUAUUGAACCGCAACCUGAGUGCACACCACUCUGCACCACUCCGGAGAGAGCUGGUGCUGUUGGCAGUACCAGCAGAGUAUGUGGGAGGGUCAUUCGAGAGUCUGUUUGUGGGUCUGCUGCAGCGGUAUGGGCAGCUGGCUGUGGGGCUGUACCGCUGUGGUGGGGAAGGGCAGGGGGGCCCUCCAGUGCCGUAUGUGGCCACCAACCCCGCUGCUGAUGCCACUGUGGGCCAUCAUGACCGCGUGUACGUGGUGCGAUAG